CAGCCGCAGUCACACUUCCGCGGCAAGUGGUUUUUUCGUGCUAAAAUAAGGGAAACUACAGAUUUGAUAAGGAAAAUACUAUCCGAUAUUUGCCAGCAAAGCAUACUUUUCGCCUAAGUCUGCUGCACGUAAGGAUUGGGAUGCUCGGCCGAUCGGCUGGCAACGAACAACAGCAGCAUUGUCUCCGACCAGUGCUCCGAUUCGGUGCAGUCGUGGUGUUUUGCCAUUGGGGCAGAAAAAACAGCAAACGAGAUUAUAAAUAACCGCUGUGUUGUUCACUGGUGGUGCACUGUUGCUGAGGGUGAAGAAGGAUGCAAGUACCGGAGAACGAGUGCACGAAAAAGUGCUGAACGCGCCAGUACCAGCACCACAUCAUCAUCAGCUCGCCGUGCACAGCACUGCUUGCUGCGUACGACCGUCAGAAUUAAUAAAUUGGGUCGCUCGACGUUUUGUACGAAAUUAUUUGUUAGAUUGUGUUUUGGCCCAGAGAGCUAAUUAUGAGUUUGCUGAAUUAAUUAAGUGGCAGCCGAUGAUUUAAAAGUUAAAUCAAGCGGACAACGGACCCAAAGCGAAGUCAACAAAAGCGGCUCAAAGCAGAGAAGUAAAGAAGCGGACGCAACGCAACGCGAGCCAACGAAAUUGUUUCAACAGCACGUUCAAAGUGAAGGUCAACGUCACAACGGAAGGCAACGACAUCGCAGCGCCAAGUCUGGCGGCCGAAACCAAAAACAAAACCCGAAGCGAGCCACCACCAUCAUCACCAUCACCCUCAAUCGCAGUAGUCUCCGCCGCCGCUACCAGCUAGCGGAUCACAGCCCGGAGCCAAAGCGCAACCAGCAGCAGCGGCACCAUGAAUCGCUCGGCCAUGUCCAUCGCCCCCGCCCUUGCCCACGGUCAGCGGCUGCUGCUACCAACUUUUGGGGCCGCGCUGCUCAUCUUGGUGGCCUGUGUCCUAGGCACUGAGACCUCUAUGCCCACGCAGAACAUGUCCCACAAGGAACGGGCGGAACUGAGGGAAGAAGCUCGGGACAUGUUUUAUCAUGCAUAUCAUGCCUACAUGGAGAACGCUUACCCCGCCGACGAGCUGAUGCCGCUAUCCUGCAAGGGGCGCUAUCGUGGAGUGACGCCCUCUCGUGGCGACAUGGACGACAUCCUGGGAAACUUCUCCAUGACCUUGGUGGACACUCUGGACACAUUGGUGCUGCUGGGUGACUUUACAGAGUUCGAGCACGCCGUCAAGCUGGUCAUCCGCGAUGUGCAGUUCGACAGCGAUAUUAUCGUUUCCGUUUUCGAGACGAACAUUCGUAUGGUCGGUGGAUUGCUGUCAGCUCAUAUCUUGGCCGAGUAUCUACAGAAGCAUGCGGAUGUGAUGCACUGGUACAAGGGCGAGUUGCUGGAGAUGACUCGCGAGCUUGGAUAUCGCCUAUUGCCGGCGUUUAACACGUCCACAGGCAUUCCUCACGCCAGAGUUAACCUGCGCCUGGGCAUGAAGGAUCCGCAGUUGAAGAAGUCGCGGGACACCUGCACUGCGUGUGCGGGUACAAUCCUGCUGGAGUUCGCUGCUUUGUCGCGACUGACUGGCGAUCCCAUUUUCGAGCUAAGAGCCCACGCCGCAAUGGAUGCGCUAUGGAAGCUGAGGCAUCGUGGCUCUGACCUCAUGGGAACAGUGCUGAAUGUCCAUUCCGGUGACUGGGUGCGUCGUGACUCGGGCGUGGGAGCUGGAAUCGACAGCUACUACGAAUACCUGUUCAAGUCCUACGUCCUGCUGGGCGACGACAAGUACCUCGCUCGUUUCAACCGCCACUACAACGCCGUGAUGAAGUAUGUUAGCGAGGGGCCCAUGCUGUUGGAUGUGCUAAUGCAUAGGCCACACGCCAAGUCAAAGAACUUCAUGGACUCGUUGUUGGCAUUCUGGCCGGGUCUGCAGGUGCUAUCGGGCGACCUCAAGCCGGCCGUGCAGACGCAUGAGAUGCUUUAUCAGGUUAUGCAAAUGCACACCUUCAUUCCAGAAGCAUUCACUGUGGACUUUCAAAUACACUGGGGUCAGCAUCCCUUGCGCCCGGAGUUCAUAGAGUCUACGUAUUUCCUAUACCGUGCCACUGGCGACCACCACUACCUGCAGGUGGGAAAACGGGCCCUAAAGACACUUCAGCAGUACGCCAAGGUAUCGUGUGGCUACGCGGCAGUCAAUGAUGUGCGCACCGGCAAACACGAGGAUCGCAUGGACUCAUUUGUACUGUCCGAGACAAUCAAGUACCUGUUCCUGCUGUUCUCGGAUCCGCAGGAUCUGAUAAUUAACGUAGACGAAUUUGUCUUUACCACAGAAGCCCACCUGCUUCCCCUUUCCAUUGCCCAACUAGGGAAUUCCACGUUUAGCUUUCGGCAAUCGGACGAGCACAACGUCCUUGACUUCAUGCGCACCUGCCCCAGUUCCAAUAAGCUUUUUCCUGAGAAAGUACGCAAACCAUUGCGCAACUUCAUUACGGGCUCGUGCCCGCGCACCAACGGCGGAAAACGACUCAGCGCUCUGGAUUUUCAGGCAAGCAAUGCUGAUCAUCUGCGAGCUGUUUACGACAUGGGCAUCACCAUGGUUUCGGUAGGCGACCGCAGCCAAGGCAAGGUGCGACUGUUUCAUAGUUUCUAUAAUGCCAAGAGCCACGAGGAGGGCGAAAUGGGAUUGCAGUUCAUGCAAGAGAUGCUGGAGCUGACCAAGAUGCAAAGCAUGAAUCAGUUGACACAACUGCAGGCUGUGGCCUUCGCCACCGACGAGAAAACGCAAGACUGGACCGCUCUGAUGGCCGGCCCAUCACAUUUUAGCCCAGAGCUGAUAGGCGAGCAGUUUGUAGAAGGUGAAUUAGUGAUGGCGAAGCCGCUCCGUGCCUGUGAGGAGCAGUUAGAAAAUAUCGAGGAGGCUAGGGGCAAGGUCUUGGUCGCCGAGCGGGGCGAUUGCACUUUCGUGAGCAAGGCGCGCCUGGCCCAAAAGGCGGGUGCCGCUGCGCUAAUUGUCUGUGAUAAUGUGCCGGAUUCUUCCGGCGAGACGCAGCCGAUGUUCGCCAUGUCGGGCGACGGCAAUGACGAUGUCCUCAUUCCAGUUGUAUUCAUGUACAGCGUUGAGUUUAACAAGCUGUCAGCCGCAAUGGAACAGCGACGGAAACAGCCGCUGCGCGUGCGGGUCAUGCAAAUGGUGGAGUUCAAGCGCUGGCAAUUGGCCAGAGAGCAGCGACAAAAUCAGACUACAACAACGACAGCGACGGGAACGCCUCAGAAGCCAGAAAAGGAGUUGUAGUGACCCCAAGGUAGUCCGCCAAAAUAGCUCUAUAUAUUUUUUUUCAAAAUUGUUGCUACUAAUUAAACUAAUUUUGAAAUUCUUGUACUUUAAUAGACACGUAAGCAUAAGCGAAUGAAUGCCGCGCGCAGUUUAGGGAUUUUGCAUUUCGUGGUCGUAGUUCUCAGGCUAGCAAACUAGCUUCCUAGUGGCAAUCUAUUAUGUUAAGAGGGCGCCACACAACCUGAAAAAUGUUUAGAGAAAGUUUUACUUUUCCUUGUAAGUAAAACUUGUGUAAAUAAAACAUCUUAUAUCUUAGCAAUUAACGAGAAACUAAGUAAAGACUAACGUAAGAAUACAACUAGUUGUUAAUGUACCGAGUCGGGAGAAUAAGUUAAGAAAAUUUGUAGCUGAAAUUGAUUGUUCUCACAGACAGAACGAGUAUAAAAUAUAUGCAUAAACAGAGUCAA